AGCAAAACAGCGCCCUCAUCUUUCACCCAACUCUGUCGCGACUGUGUCGCGUUUGCGCCGCCGGUUCGAUUCCCGGGGCCAGCGGUGGGUGGGAAAGAAGAGAACGAAAACCCCCAUUUUUGGUGGCUGCGUUUCCUCCCCUCCCCGUUUCCAGUGUUUAUUCCCCUCCCCCUCCCCCCGCCCCAGCUACCAGUAGCCGAAGAUAGGGAAGGAGAGAGCGAGAGAAGCCAGAGCUAUGGCGCUGCUCUUUUCCGCCAUCCGCGUGCUUCUGGGCCUUUUCUUUUCCGUCAGCGGGGUCGUCAAGCUGACUGAUCGGAUUUCAGACGAAGUUUACGAGCAGCUGAAAUCACAAUUUGUGCAGUUUGCCGAUGCUUUUCCUCUGAAGGAGUUUGGCUACAAGCCAGAGCCGAUCUGGUACCUGGAAACGGUGGGCUGGAUAGAACUGGCGGCUGGUUUGCUCCUGGCCUUUGGGCCUCAGCUGCUGCAGGAAAUCAGCAAUUUUGUGCUCACGAUUGUCAUGAUAGGUGCCAUCUACAGCCUCUUGGUUUUGAAGGAGCCCAUUGCCAUGUGUGCCCCGGCCACUAUCUCCCUGGGUCUUCUGCUUCUCCUCAAUAUCCGGGGAAGAGGGAGACCCACCAAGUCAAAGUUUGAGUGAGGGGCUAUCGAACUGGAGAGGACAGAAGGGGAGAGUUUGGAAAUGGCAGCAAAUCUCUUGUUGGCCCUUUUUUGUCUGUGUGCUUUCUACCCCUCCUCCCCUUGCUCGGUCCUUUUUAACUUGGUAUAAACUGGGUCCUGUGGGUGUAUGAUCCAGGGGGUAUUUGUGACCUUGAAAUCACCAUAGAUCAGGGGGAGGAAGCCCCCUUUCAGCCCAGGGGCCACAUUCCCUCCUGGGUGCCUUUCUGAGGGCCACAUGCCAGCGGUGAGCAAGGGACCACAGGCAAAAACGGGCACAGCAACAAAUGAAGUUUUUACCUUUGCACUGCAGGUUAAUUUCUACACGCACUCGCAAUCCCUUCUUUACCCUCCAUCCAGACAAGCCAGAGACAAUUGUCAGAGUUAAGGGACAUAUUUCAAUCAGGCAAAAAUGGGUGUGAAGCAGAGCCAAUGAGGGCUGGGCUGGGCUGGGGGCACAACCAGCAGAGUCCUAAGAGCCAGAUAGAGAUGCAUAGGGGCGGGGAACCAGUGUGGUGUAGUGGUUAAGAGCGAUAGGCUUGUAAUCUGGGGAACCGGGUUCGCGUCUCCGCUCCUCCACAUGCAGCUGCUGGGUGACCUUGGGCUAGUCACACUUCUUUGCAGUCUCUCAGCCUCACUCACCUCACAGAGUGUUUGUUGUGGGGGAGGAAGGGAAAGGAGAAUGUUAGCCGCUCCUUCAGGUAGUGAUAAAGCGGUAUAUCAAAUCCAAACCCCUCCUCUUCUUCCUGCUGUAAAUCGAUGGCAGCUAGACUUUGGGUCUUUAUCAGUUUCCUGUUCACCAGUGUUCUUUCCCAUCUUAGGCCUGGCGUAAGUGCUAAAUUAGCCAGGUGCUGCCUUAAUCUAUGAAUUUCAUAGCUUGGGGAAGUGGAGGAAGGAAAUGGAGGGGUGUGUGUGAAAUAAGUUUUGGGUAAUCCUUGGGAGAAAAUAGAAGCACACUUUAAAAAGAAAAAUUACCUGGCACAGGACAGUCCCUUUUGUGGCCCAGGGCAAACCAUUUCUGUGGGGUUCAUUGAGUGGCACUGAAGGAUUUUGUUGGCUACUAUGUGAGAGAAGCAGCUGCCCCUACCACUGAUCUGUGCUCUGUCCACUAAGAUACAGCUGCUUUCCUUUAAAAAUCAAAUCAUUGGUCCGUCUAUCUCAGUAUUGUCUACACUGACUUGCAGUGGCUUUCAAGGAUUUCAGGCAGGGCAUUCCCAGCCAGGAAUUGAACCUGGGACCUUCCUGCAUCCCAGGCAGAGCCGCAGUCUUUCCCCCAGUAUUUGCCUGUUGGGAGAGUUUCUCAGCAAGCCUGCCUCUGGAAAGGGUGACAAAUACUUUCCUGCACUUAUAUACUCUUUGGCAUUCACAAUGAAUGUGGGGUGGGGAGGAAGUUCGCCAGAAAAGGAAAAGCUCUCUCCCUGCUGUGGACCUGUUAAGGUCCCACCAUCUCCCCUCUCCACCUGAGAUGGCCACCAGAGGCUCUUAUGCAGGAGAUCUUUCCCUCAGGGCAGGAAUACGGGGACCAGCUGAGGCUCUCCAGCUGCAAUCCCCUUCACCCCAGUCCCUUUGCCAUGCUGGCUGGGGCUGAUGGGAGUUGAAGGCUAGAAGACACCUGUAGUGUCACAGGUUCCCGCCCCUGUUCUAGAGAUCAGGCAUGAAAUGAGCAGAGGUUGGACUUUUACUGUGGUUGCUUUCUGAUUAUCAAAGUCCUUUACUAGACAGGUGCACCAGGCACUGUUACCUAAGAACCAGCCAAAGUCCAUCUUGUUUCAGUCAUUAUAUAUUUUCUGGUGCUGGCUUUACUGAUCCGUUUUGACAAUGUUUUUCUGUUCCUUUUGACUCCUCUUGGUGAUUAAAGUGUUGACUGAUUUUUAAAACGUUUCAAUUUUUUCUUUGUUUCGAGGGAUGCCAUCAGAGGUUCUGAUAGCCAGUGUUAGAGGAAGGGGGCAGAGUCUUUAUAAAAGUAAAUAAAUAAAACAGCCGGUUCUCAGCAGGCAAGAUAAAAACACAUCACGAAUCUUGUCUGGCCUGAGAAAGAGCAUCACCCUAACGUUGUGCUUUACUCUAGGAACUUAACAAGAGCUGAGCUGGGGGUGGAGGGAAGGCUGAAGAGGAGACACACCUGCCCCCAGUGAAGCUGGGCAGACGAGAUGGAAAUGGAUCAAAUGAAUGUUUCCCCACUGCUUUAUCUCCAUGCCAGGAAAGCCAUUGCCUAUUCACGUCCUCUGUGUUAAACUCUAUAUGUUAAAGGCACAGGCACUGAGCCAGUUCAAAACAUUGGCAGCCCUUCAAAUAGGAGUCCAAAGUGAAGGUAGUCAUGGAGUCCAAAUAAGAGACCCUUGCUACCUCUUUUAUCCAAGUGGUCUGUGGGUGGGCUGGGCAGGUCAUCCCAACAGUUGGGCUGUGCGGGAAGCACACCAAAUCAUUUUGGAUAAGCAGCUGGCAUUUUUGUUUGCUCGCUUGCUUUGAAGCAGCAAAGGGUGAGUGACGCAGUUGUGCUUUGUUCGCAAACGUGCCCAAUUCCUUAAAAAGAAGAAGGAGCCUGUCUGUCUCACCAUGGCAGUGAGAGGCAGGUACCCUGCACUUGCCCUCAGGCAGCUUUCUUCUGAAAAAGGUCACACACUGUGAGACUGAGCUUCAGGCACCAACCUCUCGAGCUGGUCCUGCUUCCAUGUAGGAUAAAAUUGAUAUUUUUAACGUGUGCAACAGGUGUGAUGGGCUCCUCCAGAGAUGAGGCCAAUUUGCACGUUCCUCUGUUGCUGGGUGACAAAGCAAGGCUCUUGGCAGAGGCCUUUCUUGCCUUGUCUAGAUUUCCCUGCUAUUUCUCAAGGAGGCCUACUUUGUUCUGCUUUUGAUAGGGAAACUUGACAGUCUAAGAGAGCUUUCUUACGGAUUUCUGACAAACCUGUUUUAGCCUCCCCCCCCCCUUGAGGAGAAAGCCACAAAGCCAAAUCCCACAUUCCAGUGCCGGUCUAGUCCUUUUUGCCUAUAGAAGGAAUACAAAUAUAUAAUAUCAGGACUGAUCUUAGAAUAAUUCAUUUGUGAAGUGUGGAAAGUUAAUAUUUUCAUUGCAAAAAUGCAUAUGCUUGGUAAAACUGCAUAUGAACAUAUAUAUUAGGAGAAAUUCUCACUGAAAUAUUGGUGAAUUUUCAUGAGAUCUAUAUCUACCUACAUACCCACUCACCUACCAUCUAUCUGCAGCAGAAAUGUGGAGAACUGAAUUUAAAUUUGGAAAAAUGAGAAAUGGAGAGAGCCGUGUUUGAUAUAUGCCUCUCCCCCAUUACACACACCAGCAGUUUUGUGUGUGUGUAUUGCUGGAAAUGAUUGUUACUGUGGGUGAAGGAAGAAGAAUACCCCUUUUCCUUCUCUCUGCUCUUCCUUAGUGCAUUCCUAGGCUCCUUCAGUCCUCUCCAGAACAUCCUGAUUUGCUAGCACAAAGCUCACAUGGUUGGGGAAUGUUUACAUGCCUUCCUGUUAAUCUUUUGCUUAUCUCACACUUCCCAAUACAUUUCCCUUUCACUUCUUAGCUGCAAAAAGUCCAGUUAAAAAAUAAUAAACAGUUUGAUUGGUUACUAG